CCACUCCCCCUUCAGCCUCUCGGUAUUUCCGUGUUGUGAGUCCGCUCAGCUGAAUGAGUGGAGUUAGCUUGUUGUUCACUGAAGUUUCUCCAGCAGCACGUCGCGCCCUGCUUUAGUUAAAAUGUCAGACAAAGGCCAUUUCGACACCAACGUAGUGACUCUGACCAGAUUCCUGCUGGAGGAGGGGAGGAAGGCUAAAGGCACCGGGGAGCUCACCACUCUGCUCAACGCUCUCUGCACGGCCAUCAAAGCCAUUUCCAGCGCUGUCAGGAAGGCAGGCAUUGCCAACCUCUAUGGCAUUGCUGGCAGUACAAAUGUGACUGGGGACCAAGUGAAGAAGCUAGAUGUCCUCUCCAAUGACCUGGUCAUCAACAUGAUCAAAUCCUCCUUCACAUCCUGCGUGCUGGUCACAGAAGAGAACGACACUGCUAUUAUAGUGGAGCCAGACAGGAGGGGUAAAUAUGUGGUCUGCUUUGACCCUCUUGAUGGAUCCUCCAACAUUGAUUGCCUGGCUUCCAUUGGGACCAUCUUUGCCAUCUAUAGAAAGUGCACAAAUGAUGAACCGAGUGAGAAAGACGCCCUGCAGCCUGGCAGAAACAUUGUUGCUGCUGGGUAUGCGCUGUACGGCAGCGCCACUAUGGUGGUGCUCUCCACCGGCCAGGGAGUCAAUUGCUUCAUGCUGGAUCCGGCCAUUGGGGAGUUCAUUCUGGUGGAAAGAGAUCUGAAAAUAAAGAAGAGAGGAAAGAUCUACAGUCUGAAUGAGGGAUAUGCCACGUACUUUGAUCCUGCUGUUACAGAGUACCUUCAGAAGAAGAAAUUCCCAGAGGGUGGCAGUGAACCUUAUGGGGCACGAUAUGUGGGCUCCAUGGUAGCAGAUGUGCAUCGGACCCUCGUGUAUGGAGGCAUUUUCCUUUACCCAGCCAACGUGAAGAGUCCCAAAGGAAAGCUUCGUCUGUUGUAUGAGUGCAACCCCAUGGCCUUCAUUAUGGAGCAGGCUGGGGGGAUGGCCACCACCGGGACCAUGAACGUGCUGGACAUCCAGCCCGAGAGCCUCCAUCAGCGAGUCCCAGUGGUGCUGGGUUCCCCAGACGACGUUCAAGAGUACAUCUCCAUCUACCAGAAACAUCACAAGUGACCAGACAUGUAACACUAAAGACCUACCAAGGGCAAUUCCUAAAAGAGAGACCAAAAAUCAAAUGCCAAAAACUUGAAACACUCCAAAGUGAAGAACCAAAAUAUCAUGUUGAUGCUCCUAUCUACCUUAGAACUUAAAGGGGCUGUUGCUCUAUCAUUGGCUUAGCAGCAGUUUAAUCUCACAGGUUUGGCUAAAUAAGUAACUUAAGUGGUUUAACACAAAGCAGCUGUGUAUUAAAUUUAACCUGACUGCUAUGUCUAAACAAGCAUGAGUCUCAUCUGCCACUUCUGCUGAUAUGGAUAUACUGUCAAAUUUACGUUAUGAGCAACCCAAUUAAAUAAGUAAAAAAAUAUGGUUCUUUCUUUAAUCCUCAGUAAAACCAUGUCUUUAAGAUAAGAAUAAGACAAGAAGCAGGUUUAAGAUAAACCUCAGGUAAAUCUGACACACAGCACCACCAGAUGUGUGAUUUUUAAAUGACACAGCAAUUGGGUUCAAUUUAAAAUACAUUUCUGUGCACAUUUUAAUGCACAAGAAUCUACAACUUCUAAACUCCAAAAUCACAGCUAGUUACACGCCAAUCCACAGCUAAGCUAAUGACAGUCCAAUUGUUCCAAUAAUGCACAACACAAAUGAACAUUCCUGAAGUAAAGCGUUUAAUUUUGCACUUCAUGGAACACCAUGUUCACAUUUUUUACAACCUACUGAAGAAUCCAUGAGUUACUGACUUUGUAGCAAUUAAAGAAUGUGCUGCUGGUCAAAGAUAGAAAAACAAGCUGAAGCAGUUUGAAUCCUGACAGUUUAACAUCUAUGCAUUACGACCCAUGUGCCUUUUCUGAACCAACGCAGAAGAUGUGAAUAAAUGCAUAUGUGCCAAAGAAGUA